UCAAAAAGAAGAACAGAAUUCACAGCGGGAGAAGAAAAAAAAUGUCACUAGGAAAUCAAUAGGCGAUGUGUUCACUUACACCAGCAACAAUAUAAGUCAAACCAUUCUCGUCUUUACUUCGUCUACUUCUCCCUUUGAUGUAUCCAGUUCGAAGAGAAGCUUCAAUAUUAGACAAGAUGAAGCUGCAAUAUGGAAAUAUAGUUGAUUGAAGAACUGACCAAACUAAUUUAUGAGUUCAAAUGGAUAGCUUUGUUCAUAGUUAGUUGCCUAUUUGGGAUUUAAUGCUCAAGUAGCUUAUCUAUUGUGAACAAAGUGUAGACUGUUCCUCAACUAUAUGAGUUAUACUUUUUCAACGGAAUUCUAUUACGUCAAAUGUAACAAGGACUAAAAAAAAUGGUUCGCUCUCCUCAUAAGUUGAACAUGAUCUUGAUUUUAACUUGGCUACAAUGCCGUCAUCUAAAUGGCUCCAGAGACACUCAAUUCCAAAAUUUUACUAACCUUACUUUCCCCAAAGUUUUCAACUACGAGGACCCUGUAACAGUGCUUCUCAAUCUAACCAACAGUAAUUACACAUGUGACGAAAAAUUUCUUGGCGUGACUAUAGGGAUCAGUGAAUUAAAACACACUGAAGCGACUAUUGAUUUGAGUUCACCCAAAGUACAGAUCAUGGCUCAAGCCUUAUCACCAACAUUUGUUCGGCUUGGAGGAACGCUUGCUAACUUCCUCAUCUUUGAUCCCAAUGGGACUGAACAGGUUGCAGGUUUAGGUUCACAACCCCAAGAUAUAAUUGCAAGUUCGUUGAACCUAAAAACAUUUAAUUUGACAGGAGAGAGAUGGCUCAACUUCACAGCAUUCUUCAAGCUUGUUGGAUGGGAUCUUAUUUUUAAUUUCAACCAGUUCCUCAGAAAAGCAGAUCAGUGGGAUCCUACCAAUGCCGCUUUGCUGUUGAAGUUUUCUCAGACCAAUAAGGUUAACAUUUCAGGUUUUCAGAUAGGCAACGAGCCUAGUGCAUAUGAACACGAUUAUAAUGUGACCAUUCCGCCAGCAGCUCUUUACAAUGAAUUCAUAACUUUGAGGAACAUCCUGAACGGUCUUCCUCGAUAUUGGGCUUCAAAAUUGUUUGGCCCAGAUGUCACACGUUUUUAUAAUGGCUCAAAGUCUACUAUCUAUUUACAAGAGUUUCUGAAGGCUGGAGCUUGUGAUGCUAUGGAUUAUAUUACCUUUCACCAUUAUUAUAUGAACAGUGAUGUUGCCACGCUAGAUCAUUUUAUCAGCAUCGAAGUGUUAGACUCACUGAAAGAAUGCUUGGGGAUAGCUAAAGACAUAAUGCUUGAGUCUUCGUGUUCACUUCCACUGGCGUUGUCGGAGACGUCUUCGUUUUCAGGAGGUGGUGCUCCGGAAUUGUCUGACAGAUAUGUAGCCGGUUUUAUGUGGCUAGAUAAACUAGGCUUGUCAGCACAGUAUGGACUUGCUAGAGUUUUCAGACAAACAUUCUUUGCAGCUAAUUACGCUCUGAUAUCAAGCAAAAUUGAGCCCAACCCAGACUUUUACUUGACAGUGCUAUUUAAAAGGCUAGUACAAGGCCCAGUUCUUACAGUUUUGAAACAGCCAGACCUGAUUAGAGUUUAUGCUAAUUGUGCUAGCACAGUUUUAUAUCCAUCUGGUGCCAUUGUGAUUUAUUUUUUAAAUCUAAGAAACAGUUCAGUCAAUAUGACUUUCCCACAGUUUGCCAACUUGACGACCGAUAUUUAUCUCCUGACACCGGGUGAUUCCAAUGGUCUAAGAUCAAGCUAUGUUAAACUAAAUGGCAAAAUAUUGGUCAUGACUGGAUUAGAACUACCUUCCUUAUUGCCCAGAACUGUUAACGGGGCCAUCCCCCUGGAGCCUUAUAGCUUUGGAUUUCUAGUGGUGCCUAACGCUAACGUGUCUGUUUGCCUAAAAGGCUUGAAUACAACUUUAAAUAAACGCUUAUAACAACCUUGCGAGCAGUUAUCAAAUGCAUACGCUUAUGGAUUCACACUUACAUGAAGACACGAGCGCAGUCACGCGCAUUCGAUCUCAAUAGCUUACGCACGUGCGUGGUCAUGGACAAAAACAUCCACGUGCUUUGAACAUAUGGGAAAUCUUCAAUCUGGAAUAUUAACAAUAAAGUAAUGUUAUAUUAGUUCUGUGACGAGCAUUCAA